AUGUUCUCACGAGACCAAAUACCACCAAUUGACAAUCUUGUAAGCAAUCCUGCUGAACCUUCUACUGUAAACGUCGAUGGUAACAUUCCACGAAGGUCAUCUAUUGACAUCGUUGAGUCACUGUAUUUAAGUAUUUUCUUAAAGCAAUCGUCAUUAUCUAACCAUGCAAUAGCUUUGAAGUUUUCAUUCGAAUAUACAUCUGCUUCAUUAAAUGUAAAACCUGACUUCUUUGCAGAGAUGACUUUAAAAUCUAUUGAGUUUGUUUCAAAAUUAUAUGCUAUGGUAACUUCUGAAGGUAAUGGAUGUCCUUCCGCAGUCAGUUAUUCUCUCACUACCGUUUGA